AAACAGUAUUGAACAAAACAGACCUGAACAUCAUCCUAAAGUUGUCUGGUCACGCAUUAGUGGACAUCAAUAUGCAGUGGAAGACAAUAUUAUUAGGACUAUUUGCCAUUGCUUUAGCUUCAUGUAGCUUGGAACCUGCACAGACUUCAUUUCCUGCAAUGGAAACUCCACCAGAAGCACAAAAUAGCACUUUUUCUCUCAGGUUAGAGUUCUCUUCUUGUGAAAACGUCACUGGUGAUCUGUCUAACUCCAGCUCUCAGGCCUUCCAGGGCAGAGUCAAUCUGACAAAGAUACAGCUCACACCUGUGUUCGAAAAUGCAUUUCCUUCCUUUCUUCAGCUAACAAGGAUACAUUUUAGUGUGAAUAUGGACUCAGGAAAUGCAUCAGAAGAUGGAUCAGGAGAUGAAUUUGGAAGCGGAUCAGGGAAUGAUUCAGGAGAUGGAUCAGGAAUUGAAUCAGGAGAUGGAUCAGGAAUUGAAUCAGGAGAUGGAUCAGGAAUUGAAUCAGGAGAUGGCUCUGGUAGUGGUUCAGAAGAAGGAUCAGGAGAAGCGUCAGGGGGUGGAUCGGCAGAUGGAUCAGGAGAUGGCUCCGGAAUUGAAUCAGGGGAUGGCUCUGGAAUUGAAUCAGGGGAUGGCUCCGGAAUUGAAUCAGGGGAUGGCUCUGGAAUUGGAUCUGGAGAUGGCUCUGGAAUUGAAUCAGGGGAUGGCUCUGGAAUUGGAUCAGGAGACGGAUCAGGAAUUGGAUCAGAAAGUGGAUCAGGAGAUGGUGAGGAAGAGCAGCUCUUCUCAUCACAGACAAAUGUGACCAACGUUUUGAAAAGGUUCAUCACCACCAUAGCAGACCUGGUUUUCAGCUUCAGUGUGCCCAGCACCAUCCAGGUGGAGGAAACCCUAAAGAAUGAGAUAAACAAUGGGACUGUGACCAUCCCCAUCGUUCUCAGCUCAAUUUCUGUCACCACUCUAGCAUCAAUAAAUGCAACAACAACAACUGUAGCAUCUACAAGUGAAAUGGAAGCUCCAGUACCUACAAGUGCCACAACAAAUCCAGCAUCUACAAUUCCAGCAACAACAACAACAACAACAACUGUGGCAUUUACAAGUGAAAUGGAAGCUCCAGUAUCGACAAGUGCCUCAACAAAUCCAGCAUCUACAAUUCCAACAACAACAACAACUCUAGCAUCUACAAGUGAAAUGGAAGCUCCAGUAUCUACAAGCGCCACAACAAAUCCAGCAUCUAUAGUUCCGACAACAACAACUCUAGCAUCUACAAGUGAAAUGGAAGCUCCAGUAUCUACAAGUGCCACAACAAAUCCAGCAUCUACAAUUCCAACAACAACUGUAGCAUCUACAAGUGAAAUGGAAGCUCCAGUAUCUAUAAGUGCAACAACAAAUCCAGCAUCUACAAUUUCAACAGCAACAACAACAACAACUGUAGCAUCUACAAGUGAAAUGGAAGCUCCAGUAUCUACAAGUGCAUCAACAAAUCCAGCAUCUACAAUUCCAACAACAACAACAACUCUAGCAUCUACAAGUGAAAUAGAAGCUCCAGUAUCUACAAGCGCCACAGCAAAUGCAGCAUCUACACUUCCAACAACAACUGUAGCAUCUACAAGUGAAAUGCAAGCUCCGGUAUCUACAAGUACCACAACAAAUCCAGCAUCUACAAUUCCAACAACAACUGUAGCAUCUACAAGUGAAAUGGAAGCUCCAGUAUCUAUAAGUGCCACAAGACGUCCAGCAUCUACAAUUCCAACAACAACUUUAGCAUCUACAAGUGAAAUGGAAGUUGCAGUAUCUACAAGUGCCACAGCAAAUGCAGCAUCUACACUUCCAACAACAACUGUAGCAUCUACAAGUGAAAUGCAAGCUCCGGUAUCUACAAGUACCACAACAAAUCCAGCAUCUACAAUUCCAACAACAACAACAACAACAACAACAACAACAACAACUGUAGCAUCUACAAGUGAAAUGGAAGCUCCAGUAUCUAUAAGUGCCACAAGAAGUCCAGCAUCUACAAUUCCAACAACAACUUUAGCAUCUACAAGUGAAAUGGAAGUUGCAGUAUCUACAAGUGCCACAGCAAAUGCAGCAUCUACACUUCCAACAACAACUGUAGCAUCUACAAGUGAAAUGCAAGCUCCGGUGUCUACAAGUGCCACAACAAAUCUAGCAUCUACAAGUGAAAUAGAAGCUCCAGUAUCUACAAGCGCCACAGCAAAUGCAGCAUCUACACUUCCAACAACAACUGUAGCAUCUACAAGUGAAAUGCAAGCUCCGGUAUCUACAAGUACCACAACAAAUCCAGCAUCUACAAUUCCAACAACAACUGUAGCAUCUACAAGUGAAAUGGAAGCUCCAGUAUCUAUAAGUGCCACAAGACGUCCAGCAUCUACAAUUCCAACAACAACUUUAGCAUCUACAAGUGAAAUGGAAGUUGCAGUAUCUACAAGUGCCACAGCAAAUGCAGCAUCUACACUUCCAACAACAACAACAACUCUAGCAUCUACAAUUCCAUCAACAACUGUAGCAUCUACAAGUGAAAUGCAAGCUCCGGUAUCUACAAGUACCACAACAAAUCCAGCAUCUACAAUUCCAACAACAACUGUAGCAUCUACAAGUGAAAUGGAAGCUCCAGUAUCUAUAAGUGCCACAAGACGUCCAGCAUCUACAAUUCCAACAACAACUUUAGCAUCUACAAGUGAAAUGGAAGUUGCAGUAUCUACAAGUGCCACAGCAAAUGCAGCAUCUACACUUCCAACAACAACUGUAGCAUCUACAAGUGAAAUGCAAACUCCGGUGUCUACAAGUGCCACAACAAAUCCAGCAUCUACAAUUCCAACAACAACUGUAGCAUCUACAAGUGAAAUGGAAGUUGUAGUAUCUACAAGUGCCACAGCAAAUGCAGCAUCUACACUUCCAACAACAACUGUAGCAUCUACAAGUGAAAUGCAAGCUCCGGUAUCUACAAGUACCACAACAAAUCCAGCAUCUACAAUUCCAACAACAACAACAACAACAACAACUGUAGCAUCUACAAGUGAAAUGGAAGCUCCAGUAUCUAUAAGUGCCACAAGAAGUCCAGCAUCUACAAUUCCAACAACAACUUUAGCAUCUACAAGUGAAAUGGAAGUUGCAGUAUCUACAAGUGCCACAGCAAAUGCAGCAUCUACACUUCCAACAACAACUGUAGCAUCUACAAGUGAAAUGCAAGCUCCGGUGUCUACAAGUGCCACAACAAAUCUAGCAUCUACAAUUCCACCAACAACAACAACAACUGUAGAAUCUACAAGUGAAAUGGAAGAUGCAGUAUCUACAAGUGCUACAACAAAUCCAGCAUCUACAAUUCCAUCAACAACAACAACUCUAGCAUCUACAAUUCCAUCAACAACAACAACUCUAGCUUCUACAAGUGAAAUGGAAGCUCCAGUAUCUAUAAGUGCCACAAGAAGUACAGCAUCUAUAAUUCCAACAACAACUGUAGCAUCUACAAGUGAAAUGGAAGCUGCAGUAUCUACAAGUUCCACAACAAAUCCAGCAUCUACAAUUCCAACAACAACAACAACUGUAGCAUCUACAAGUGAAAUGGAAGUUGCAGUAUCGACAAGUGCCACAACAAAUCCAGCAUCUACAAUUCCAACAACAACAACAACAACAACAACUGUAGCACCAACAGAUGCACCAGGGACUACUGUAACUCAGCUAUUGGUGUUCUCAUCUGAUGAAAUAUUUGUUGUUGCACUGUUUGACCGCCGGUCCCUGGCUUUCAGGAACAGGGCGCAAAGGACAAGAGACGAGAUUGAACCUAUAUGCAGAAGAGCAUUCCUUUUUUUCAUUAGGCUGAUUGUGAUCAGGUUUAGACCUGGGUCCAUUGUCACUGAUGUAAUGCUGGUCUACAACAGUUCUGGUGUUGUCCCCAACACCACUGAGGUUCAAACAACAUUGCAGCGGGGAGUGGAAAAUGGGAAUGUGACCAUCCCCAUCAAUGUCAGCUCAAUCUCUGUCACCCCAGUCCAAAAUACAGAUCCAACUGUAGCAUCUACAAGGGAAAUGGAAGCUACAAGUGUCACAACAAAUCCAGCAUCUACAAUUCCAACAACAACAACGGCAGCAUCUACAAAUGUAAUGACAGCUUCAGCCUUUGUAAAUACAACAAGCACUCUAGCACCUGUAAGUACAGUCACUGUCCCAGGACUUACAACAGCAGCAGCAACAACAACAGCCGAAAGCACGGUGAUUCUGCUGUUGGAGUUCUCUUCUGAUGAAGAAUUCACACCUGGACUCUCUGAACCCACCUCACAGGCCUUCAGGAACAGAGACAGUCUGACAAAAACACAGCUUGAACCUGUGUUCAGGAGGGCCUUCACUACCUUUAUUCAGUUCAUAGUAUUUAGGUUCAGGAAUGGGUCGAUUGUUACCGAAGGAGGAGUGAUCUUCAGAAAUUUGGGCUCUGUGCCUAACACUGAUCAACUGGUCAGAGUCCUGAUUCAGGCUGUGGAAAAUGGGGAUGUGACCAUACCUAUCAAUAUCACAUCAAUCUCUGCCAACAGCCCCUCAUCCAGUGGUGUGUCACCUGUUCCUCCUCCUGUGUUCAGCUGCUUCCUGCUGGCCUGGUGUUCUCUGCUGCUGGCUAAAAUGCUGAGUGUAUCAUGAAAUACACAUGCAUACACACAAAUGCAUGCUCUCUCUCUCUCUCUCUCUCUCUCUCUCUCUCUCUCACACACACACACACACACACAACAGAUUUUAUUUGGCAGCAUUUGAUUUAAGUAACUAUUAACUAUUUGUAUCUAUUUAUCUAAUUUACAUAACAUAAUCUUAAGCACAAACUCUAUCUCCUUCUAAUAAAAAUGGGUUUUUGACAUGAAUACAUACAGUCCCCUCCAAAAGUAUCGGAACAGCAAGGCCAAUUCCUUUGUUUUUGCAAUGCACUGAAUACAUUUGGGGUUGAGAUAAAAAUAUGAACACAAUAGUCCAGAAUUUCAGCUUUUAUUUUGUGGUAUUUACACAUAGAGGUGUUAAACUACUUAGAACACAGCACCUUUGGUAUCAGACCACCCAAUUUUUAGGUGAGCAAAAGUAUCGGAACAGAGAGUAUUUAAGUAAAUGAAAGUAAAUGGCACUUAAUAUUUGGUUGCAUAUCCCUUACUUGCAAUAACUGCAUCAAGCAUGCAACCCAUUGACAUCAUCAAACUGUUACAUUCUUCUUUUGUGAUGCUUUUAUAGGCUUUUACUGCAGCCUCUUUUAGUUGUUGUUUGCAUGCUCAAUUAAAUACAUUUUUAAUAAAAGUUGAAAUUCUGAACCCUUGUCUCUUUUUUAUCUUAACCCCAAAUGUAUUUAGUGUAUUACAAAAACUUGAAUUGACCUUGCUGUUCCAAUACUUUUGGAGGGGACUGUAUGUAUGAGAAUGAGGUUAAAAUAUUAAGUUGGAAUGGGCAGGGAUGUUGCAUGGGGCAAUACGCUCAAAGGCACCUUAUCAGUCAUUCACAGAAUGGUGAUGCAACAUGCCCCUAGUCUAAAACUACCUUGACAAACAGGUUGAAAAUUCUUCAGCUGAGCUUCAACUUUCAACUUAUUUCAACUUCAAUUAAUGAUGCCCUCACUUGCACAAAGUCCCUAACAGAACACACUACCUUUAUUUAAACAGGUACAGAAUUGGCACCCUUAAUAAAAUUGGGAGAAAAAAUAAAUAUAAUAAACAAAAUGUUUUAUAUUUUAUGUUCAAACGUAUGAGAACAAUAUAUACUUUUAACACACACUCAUACAUUUACUCUCAUGUUUCAAUGUUUUUUCUUUGGUAAUCAAAUUAUUGGCACCCUUAACAAUUAUUGUAAAUAAAAUCAAACAAAUAAUAUUUUUCCCAUACACACAAUCGACAUGGCAGCAAAAUGGAAUUGAUACAAGGACAUACCUACCUACUGUCAAAUAUGGAGGUGGGUCAUUGAUGUUUUGCUGCCAGCAGUCCAGGAUCACUAUUUAAGAUCAAUGGUACAAUUAAUUCAACAAAGCACCAGGAAAUCUACGCAGAAAUUUGGUUCUACCUGAUCAUAGGUUGAACAGGACAAUAACUCCAAACACACAAGAUCCACACAGAAAUGUUUAAGAAGGGGGGUAUCCCUAGGGUAUUAAUGACUCUGAAAUUAACAUCCCUCCAAAUCUCUAACCUUAUCACAAAUUAUAGGAAAAUACAAAACCAGGGGUGCCAAUAAUUGAGGAACCUGUUUUUGGGGGAAAAAAUAUUAUUUGAAAAAUGUAAGACUUUGGUUAAUUCCAUUGAAUCAUUAAUAAAGCACACUGCUUUACACAUGUUGGAAGAUAAAGUUUAUGUCAAUGACUAUUAUUUUUUUAGUUUACAGUUUUUUGUGCAUAUUUAUCAAGGGUGCCAAUAAUUCUGGAGCCCAAUGUAGAUAAACUGAGAAGUCAGUUCUCAUUUGCAGUGAUGACCUAGGUAAUCAAUAUGGGCAGAGAAUGCAAGGUGUGUAUCCAUACACUUGGGUAGAAGGUAAUUUAAAAAAAAUGAAUGAGCACAUGAGUCUUAUUUCUGUCAUAUUUGACGUUCCUUUUUCUGUACACUUAGAUAAAUUAUUCUAUAUAUGGUAUUUGUUUACGGUAUUUGUUUUCCAAGGUGAAAUAAAGAGAAAUAUUACAUUA